UCGCGUCUGUUUGUGCGUUUGCCAGAAAUGGACGUGGACCACGGGUUCUAUCGACAGGUGGACGUCGAGGACCACGCUCACUACAUCAUUGCCUUCUUCGUCUUGGUGAUCGGGACGGUCGGUGUGACUGGGAAUGCCUUGGUCAUGUAUGCCUUCUUUUGUAACAAGAACCUGCGGACGCCUCCAAACUACUUCAUCAUGAACCUGGCCAUCAGUGACUUCCUCAUGGCCAUCACACAGUCGCCCAUCUUCUUUGUCAACUCUCUUUACAAAGGCUGGAUUUUUGGUGAAACAGGGUGUAAAGCGUAUGCCUUCUGUGGAGCUCUGUUUGGAAUAGCCUCCAUGAUUAACCUUCUGGCCAUUUCUAUUGAACGCUACAUCGUCAUCACCAAACCUUUGCAGGCCAUUCAGUGGACGUCGAAGAAACGCACUUGUCUCUUCAUCACCUUGGUCUGGCUCUAUUCACUAGCCUGGAGCCUGGCACCGCUUUUGGGCUGGAGCUCUUAUAUUCCUGAGGGCCUGAUGACGUCGUGCACGUGGGAUUACGUCACCUCCACUCCGGCCAAUAAGAGUUAUACUUUGAUGCUGUGCUGCUUUGUUUUCUUCAUUCCUCUGGGAAUUAUAUCCUACUGUUACCUGUGCAUGUUCCUGGCCAUCCGCAACACCAGCAGAGACGUGCGGAUGUUGGGCUCUCAGGUGAGGAAGUCCAGUCUGGUUCGACAGCAGUCCAUCAAGACGGAGUGGAAGCUGGCCAAGAUCGCCUUUGUGGUCAUUAUAGUGUUCGUGCUCUCCUGGUCGCCGUAUGCAUGCGUCACUCUCAUCGCCUGGGCUGGAUAUGGUAACAUUCUCAACCCGUACUCCAAGGCUGUUCCUGCCGUCAUAGCGAAGGCGUCGGCCAUCUACAAUCCUUUCAUCUACGCCAUCACUCAUGGAAAUUAUAGGGACGCCCUCGCAACAAAAGUCCCCUGUCUGCAUUUCUUGAAGCAGCCGUCCAGAGGAAACCGCAUGUCCGUGUCUCACAGCGAUUCGUCCUUCAGGGACUCGGUGCUGAGCAGACAGUCGUCUGUUUCCAAAACCAAGUUUUACAGAAUUUCCUCCAUGUCUACGACAGACACACACAUUUGGAGUGACGUGGAGCUGGACCCCAUUAACCAGAGCCGACGUUUAACAUCAAGCUAUUCUAUUGGAGCUCCAAAGGAAAAGGAGCUGAACUUAUUGAUUAGUAAACAGAGCGAAGAAAAGAAGGGUCACAGCCAGAAUUCCUCAGAAAAUAAGGUACGUAAUCAUCACAACAUCAAGUGACUUUGUAAAAAACAGAAGAACUGUUUAUUUGACAUCUGUUCCUUCCACAUGUAGUGCUGACCUUCAAUCACAAGGCAGGUCUCCCUGAACACAGGGACGCAACACACUGCUUGAGUCACUCGAUGAGGUCAUGCCCUCGACCUGGGACAAGUAAAGGUGAGGUCAUGGAAAACUGGACUGAGGAUGUAAACCAGAAGGAUAAGCAAAAAGCAGGGACCAAAAUGUUCAACUGUCUGCACUUUAAUACCAGCAUCAAACCCCAGGUUACAUCACCACCUGCUCAGAGAAGUGUUGAUCGCCCUUGGAAUUGUUGAAGCCUGAGCGGGUGCUGAAAUGUUUAUUUAUCAAUGUGAGUGUGUGUUUGUGACGGAGUACAGAAGGAAAGAGAAAUGUUUACAUGAAUGUUUGAAGAACCCUUUAUUCCAGUUGUGUGCGACAGCUCCGUACAGAACCUGUGACGAGAUGACGUUUUGUAAGCUGUUGACUCUCGUGUUGUACGAUGACUUUGGGCACUUUAGUAAAUAUGCAUCAUAUAAUCCAGUAUUUUAUUCACUGUAGUUGUUCGGGAAGAGUGUGUUAUAUUUUUUAUGAGAAAGAAAGUCCUUGGAAAAAACCUCCACACAAUGACUGGUCAGAUACCGUUUUAUCAUUAGAUACGCCCUGUAAUCCUUUUUUUUUUCCAAGUCAAAGUCAACUUUAUUGUCAAAUAUGCCAUAACAUACAGGACAUACGGCACCGUGAGAAUUUCACUUCUCUCUGACUCACGGUGGAAAAUGACCAGAAAGUAAAGGAGAUAUUCACAAGGGGCAAGGGAUAUAAAAACAACAAUGUGCACAAAAGAAACACACUUUGUUAGAAAUAUGUUAUAAAAGGACAUGUGAGGUGACAUCAUUAAGUAAUUACAGACAGAAUGACCUAUGAAGACUGUAGUGAAUCAGCUUAUUCAGUUGAGGAUAAGGUAAUGCACUGAAAUAGUGGAAUAUGUCGAUGAGGAUUCGCAGUCUUUUAUCGAUUAUAGAGCAAAUGAAUAGAAGGUGUAGAGCAGAGACAUUUGCUGUUUACAAUUUUAACAGUGUUUUCAACAAAUCUUACGUACAUUUGUCAUUGGUUGGACCAGUUGUUCAUCCUUUACAGCACAAUGACUUCUAGGGAGGCAAAUCCCAUCAGCAGUCAUCAGGUGGUGGUGGGGUACUUCACACACAAGAACAAAAACGCAUACACACACAAAUUGAAGAGCCAGUUUUACCCCACUGUGGGUAAUUGAAUGCUAUAGAGUCCAUGUGAUUUGCUCUAAUCACAGGCCAAUUAUCUCAAAUUUGUACUACUUUGGCCAACGUCACUCCAUUCCAUUAAAUUAUUUGUCUAAAUAACAAGUAUGGGUUAACACACACUGUACACUAACCAACCUUUUCAUGGUGAUUUCAUCUACGCCAGUACUCAUACAAAUUAUAGGUAAUUGAUGAAUUUACCACAGCUAUAUAUAUAUAUAUAGGGAGAGGGGGGGCAAUG